UACUGGCCCCAACGGACCUGGGGCCUGGGCUGCGGCGGCGCGGCCUCGUGGGCAGAGCCGGCGGCAUGGACAGCCUCUUCGUGGAGGAGGUGGCAGCCUCCCUGGUCCGGGAGUUCCUCAGCAGAAAGGGCUUAAAGAAGACAUGUGUGACCAUGGACCAGGAACGCCCACGCUCUGACCUCAGCAUAAACAGCAGAAAUGAUCUCCGCAAGGUUUUACAUCUUGAAUUUCUCUACAAGGAGAACAAGGCCAAGGACAAUCCUCUAAAAACAAACCUUGAACUCAUUACCAGAUACUUUCUGGAUCACUUUGGAAAUACUACUAACAAUUUCACUCAAGAAGUGCCAAUCCCUGCACUCCCAAUUCCAAAGAAAAAUAACAGAUUAUCAUCAAGAUGCCCAGAGACCACACUGGUCAAUAUAUAUGACCUUGCGGACGAAGAUGCGAUGUGGAGGACGUCACUGUCAGAAACCAGCAAAGCCAGGCACGAUAAUCUUGAUGGGGAUUUACUUGGUAAUUUUGUAUCCUCCAAAAGGCCUCCCCACAAAAGUAAGCCCAUGCAGGCUGUCCCAGGUGAAAGCCCUGCCGUGGCCCCUGCAUGGGAGAAGAUGGACAAGCUUCAGUCGUCAGAGCCUUCCUUGGACGCAAAGAGGCUGGGUGAGAAGAUCAGGCCGAAGUCUGGCCUGAUCGUCCGAGGCAUGAUGGCAGGGCCCGUCGCCAGUUCCCCGCAGGAUGCCCUCCGCAGACGCUCCCUGAGGCGGUCCUCAGCCUUGAGCAGCAUGAAGCAGCCCUCCGAGGAAGAGAGCCGGAAAGUGCCCGAGCUCUCUGCCCAUGCCCCAGCCUGUCCCAUGGCUCAGGAGGGCCCGACUUCCAGCCCUGGCUCCAUUUCCAGGAGCCCCCUGAGCCCGCUCAGUGAGCCGACCUCAGAAAUGUGGAAAACCACACCCAGCAGCCCCCCUCACUUGUCUGGCAAGGGGCUGCUGCGGAGGGGGAGCAGCAGGCGGCGAGAUCUCGAGGAAGAUAGCCCGGCUGUGGACAGUGGCCCAGAGGCCGACGGGAUGCUCUUGAAGUUCUCCUUGCCAGGUGGGAGUGCCAGGCCAACUCAGGAGAGGCUGGAAAGAACAUUCACCAGGCAAGGGAGCCAGCCCCUGCCCCUCAGGAAAAAUCAGUUGCCAGCGUCCAACAAGGCUGAUGGCGAACUGAGUGUCCUCCAACUUGAGGAUGUGGAGGAUGAAUUGAUAAAGGAAGAAGUCAUCCUGCCUCCAGUCCCAUCGAUGCUCAAGCUGCAAAUAGCGUCAAAGCCAAUCGACCUCUCAGUGGCCAAGGACAUAAAGGCCCUUCUGUUCGGCUCCAGCCUUUGCUGUUUCAAUGAGGAAUGGAAAGUUCAGAGUUUUUCCUUUAGUGACAAAGCCUCAUUAAGAUACGGCAUCGUGCAGAACAAGGGGGGUCCCUGCGGUGUUCUGGCAGCUGUCCAAGGCUGUGUCCUACAAAAACUCCUGUUUGAAGGAGAUAGUGAAGCUGACUGCGUUCGGCAGCUGCAGCCUUCCAAUGCCCGCAGGAGUCACUGCCUUGCCCUGGCCAUUGCGGACAUCGUGUGGCGGGCCGGGGGCCGGGAAAGAGCCGUAGUCACACUGGCUUCGGGAACACAGCAGUUCAGUCCAACAGGGAAAUACAAAGCAGAUGGAGUCUUAGAAACACUCACGCUGCACAGUUUGACCUGCUAUGAGGAGUUGGUGACUUUUCUCCAACAAAGCAUCCAUCAGUUCGAAGUGGGUCCCUACGGAUGCAUCCUCCUCACGGUGUCUGCCAUCCUGUCCAGAUCCACGGAGCUUGUCCGCCAGGACUUCGAUGUCCCCACCAGCCACCUGAUUGGAGCACACGGAUACUGCACCCAGGAACUCGUCAAUCUGCUCCUGACUGGGAAAGCCGUGUCCAAUGUUUUCAACGACGUCGUGGAGCUGGAUUCUGGGAACGGGAACAUCACUCUGCUCAAGGGCAUUGGUGCGCGCAGUGACGUUGGGUUCUUAUCUCUCUUCGAGCACUACAACGUGUGCCAGCAAGAGGAUGUUUGCUCCUAUGCUUUGGCGCUGUGGGAUCUCUGAGAAAGGAUGAAGGACCUCAGGCCUUCUCUCCGCCCUAGAGCUCACUGAGGAUGGGCCUUUGAAGGAAAAGGCAGAGGUCUGGCAGUAGAGACAAAGUCUGUCCUCCCCCUUACCUCCGCCUGCCAUCUCCUCUGUCACUGAACUCCUCUGGGCCUACAUGGUUGGCCAUGUUGGCUGUGGAGGGAAUCCAGGAAGCAUUAGCACCCACACUCAGAGCUGGGCCCCCUCCAUGGGGCAGCAGCAGUGUGGCCCCGGGGAAGGUCUGGCAUUUAGGACAGCUCGUGGCAUGGCACCCAAGAUGGGACUGUUCCUAUAAGGCUUAGGCUUUCUCUCACAGAUGGCAGACGCGGGCCCACCUGUCAUUCACCCUGUCCGGGGCUUCUCAUGGCAGCCUCUGGCUGGGAGCCUGGUUCUAGGGCCCUCCCUGAGUAUGUGGGGGCUGGGGGUGAGGGAGGUCCCAUCUGUCAGUGAGCUUAUUAGAUGACCCGCACUCUGGACGUGUCUGGGGGGAAGAAGAGGAAGCUCUGGGCCAAGAAGUGCACCCUCUACUGAACUAGCCGGCCUCCAGCCCCAGCCUGGCUGUAUGUUCUGGUCCUCCAUGGGCUCGCCAUGGUCUUGCUCAUUAGAACUGCACCUCAAUCUCACCACCCCAGAGCUCACUAAUGAGCUUACCACCCCCUUCCAGUCCUUCACUGAAGCCACUGUGACCUCUAACAUUAGAGUAGACUGAUUCACAUCAUUCUUUUGUUUCACACCUGUCAGUGGUUUCCCCAUCCUCUAAGGCCAUUAGGGGCUGAAUUAUGUCCCCUCACAGAUUCACAUGUUGAAGUCCUUAGUAUGAAGAACCUUAGAAUGUGUCUGUAUUUGGAAACAGGGUCUGUAAGAAGUGAUUACGUUAAAAUAAGGUCCUUAGGGUGACCCUUAAUCCAGUUGAGUAGUGUCCUUGUAAGAAGAGGGAAUUCGGAACCAGCAGGUUCAGAGGGAAGACCACAGACCACAUGAGGAAACAGGGAGGAGACGGCUAUCGGCAGCCAAGGAGAGAGGCCUCACGAGAAAUCUGCCCACACCUUGAUCUUGGACUUCCAGCCUCCAGGCCUGUGAGGAAACAAAUUUCUGUUGUUUAAGCCACCUGGUCUGUGGAACUUUCUUCUGCUGGCCUCAGCUAACUAAUGCAGGGACUAAGAGCCCAAACUUAGCAUAGCCUACGAGGCCCGAUGAGACCUGUUCCCUCCCUUCACAUUUUGACUUAAAUGUCACAUCUUAAGGGAAGCCUGUCCCGACCUCAUCAAUCCAUCUGAAUAGGGACUGCUCUCAUGGUCCCCUGCCACCUGGUCCCUCUCCAAUACAGAAUCUUACUGCUUUCUUUCACAGGCCUCCUCUUGGUUUCAAGUGUCAUGGUUUAUUGCUUUUGAGGUGCAAACUUUGUGUGCAUUUGAACGUCUCUGGGAUUUUGAGGCACUCUUGGAAUCGCUGGCGGUGUCAGACUUUAACUGCCAGCUUGCUUUCUUCAUGAAACAAACAAUUAUGGUGACUCUGAUGGCAUCUUAGAUUCAGGGCAGGGCAAUGCAAAUGUGUCUGUAUGAUUAUUUGAUUACUAUUCGCCUUCCCCAUUAAUCCAGGGAGCCCCCCCAAGGACAAGACUGGUCCUGUUUCCUUCCUUGCUGUACCCCCAUCACUGAGCGUAAUGUCUGGGACUGAAACACAAGUCAUGUUGAAGGACAGUUACCCUUAGAGAUGAAAGACGGCAACUCUGCUGGCAAUCAAGUGUUCAUUCUUUUUAAAUUAGGGCUUCUAAGCUGGCAGUCUGCAGCGAGGUGUGGGGGCAUUCCCUCGUCUCACCCCUGCAAAAGAUUUGAGAAUCCCCCUUUAAAACUGACUCCUACUGGUGCCCUCUGUUCCCCUGCCAAAAGAAAGCCUCAGACUGACCUGAAGGAAAUGUGUCCCCACCCUCCUUCUUUGCCGCGGGCCUUUGGUUAGCUACCUCGGAACCCAGAGGAAGUGAAUUUCAUCUUUGGAAAAUGUCACCCACUUGGAGGGGGCUCCUGAAUGAGAAAACUCAUUUAUAAAAUCUCUGGGCAGCUUUUCCCCCCCCCCCCAUAAUCUUUUGACCGUUUAAUAAAUGGCAGGCUGCC